AUGCGUGGAGAAGAUUUGAAAUGUAUGACUGAAGAAGAAUACACGAAACUUAUGAUUUUUUUCACUAACUUAAUAUAUGCGAUAGCUCUGGAUCCACAGCAAGGUCAGAAAAUCAGAAUUCAAGUUAUAGCGACAGCAUGUGUAUAUUUUCGAAGAUUUUAUGCUAGACGUUCAUUAAAGGAUAUAGAUCCAUUUUUGCUCGCGCCAACUACGAUUUUUCUUGCUUCAAAAGUGGAAGAACAUGGGAUGAUGUCUCAUAAUAAACUAAUUCAAGCAACAAAUAGUGCUUUGAAACGAUGGCCUUUCAUACCGCAAGAUUUGGUCAUACGAGUACAAAACAUACAAGAAGCAGAAUUUAUCUUACUCGAGAUUAUGGAUUGUUGUCUUAUGGUAUAUCAUCCGUACAGGGUCAUUUUCAGACCACUAAAUCAACUUAUGGCUGAUAUGAGUCGCGAAUAUAAGGACCUUGAUGCCAUAUCAACUUAUGCGUGGAAGAUAUGCAAUGACUAUACACGAACUGAUCUCUCAUUACUUUAUCCUCCUCAUCUAAUCGCUAUUGGUGAUGCUUGUAUUCUUAUUGCUUCAAUAUGGACGAAUCGCGACAAGGAAUUAAAAAACUGGUUCGCUGAAUUAGCUGUAGAUUUUGAUAAGAUCUUUGAAAUUCAAAAGGUUAUUUUAAACAUGUACAGCAUAUGGAAAACUUUUGAUGAAAAAGAACAACUUUUACCUAUUUUGCAAAAAAUGCCGCGGCCAAAUCCUGGUCCACAAAAUACGAAUAGUCUCGUUCAACAGCAUUCGCACAACAGUUUAACCAUGAACAGUAUGGGUGUUCAUCAGAGUGUUAGUAUGGGGCCUCCACAAAUGCCUUCGGGUAAAAUGAUUUCGGUCGGACUUAGUUCUAUAAAUAAAGUGAAUGAAUUUGAACUGAAAUUGUGGAAAGGAAAUGUUUUUUGA